AUGAAUAAGGAAGAUCGUGAUGAACUAAACGUGAGAAAGAAGAGAAAGAACAAUAGCCAUAGCCGUAGCCCAGAUUUGAGGAGGAAGAACAGUAGCCCAGAUUUGAGAAAGAGCGAUAGCCCAGAUCAUUACACAUUCACAGCCGAGCUUCAACAAGAGCGCGACGAAGAAGAUGAUGAUUUGCAGCUUACUCUCUCUCUUUUUUGUCUUCCUCUCAAGCGUUCUUUGCAGGUAGAUCAGCCACUUCCUCCGCCGCCGCCAUCUCCCCCUCCGCCACUGACUCAAUCAAUAUCACUUCAAGUACCCCACCGUCUAUACGCGGUGCCAAUAGUACCAUUCGUGCCGGAAUCCUCGAGUUCAAGUACCCCCCUGCUUAUGUGCGGUCCAGAAGGCGGCCCCUCUCGCCCCAUACGCGCUCGUCGUAACCAGUCACGGGUGCUGCGCGAGGGAAAGUCCGACACCGUCGUGGCUCCGUUCCCGUGGGCCACGACACGUCGAGCCACGGUCUACAGUCUCGAAUGCCUGCUGUCCAAGCAAAUCGAUACCAUUACUGGCUUCGUCCAAUGCAAGCGAUGCGAGCGUCAGUACAAGAUGGGGUAUAAUCUGGAGAAAACGUUUGACGAAGUUGGGCAUUAUAUCGCGGAGAACAAGAACAGCAUGCAUGACAGGGCGCCGAGCAAAUGGAUGAAUCCGGUUCUUCCAAAGUGCGAGUUCUGCGGUCAAGAAAACAGCGCGAAGCCGGUUUUCUCGCAGAAGAAGAAGGCGAUAAACUGGCUGUUUUUGCUUCUGGGACAAAUGCUUGGUUGCUGCACGCUUGAGCAAUUGAAGUAUUUCUGCAAGCACACCAAGAAUCACAGGACGGGUGCUAAGGAUCGAGUUCUUUAUCUCACUUAUCUUGGAUUAUGUAAACAACUCGAUCCUAGUGGACCUUUUGAUCGAUAAAGAUCAUCAUCUUGGCCUGUUCUUUGAAGUUAUUUUCCUAUGUUAAUUUCGUUUCUUU